ACAAUCAGCACACUCGCUAGCCAAAUCCGAGCGCUGGCUCCCCAGUCCCCAAGGGUGGCUCUUCCAGCCCAGCGCCACCGCAACCAUGCCCCAUGUCCUCUCCUUCCUCCACCUCCACCUCCCGCUCAACACUGCCCCUUUGCAUUCCUUCCGAGUCCAUCGCACUCGCCACUCCCACCCUCACCUCUCCCUCCGUACUCGGCGCGCCUCAGCGACGGCGGCGGCCGCCGAAGCAGAGAACCCGUCCGCAUCGGCGGACGUCGAGAUGGUCCGCGGGCGGGACGGUGUUUGGACGGCGCGGUCCCCAACUGUGGUGGUCCUGUGGGAUCUCGACAACAAGCCCCCGCGCGGGCCGCCGUUCCCGGCCGCAACCGCCCUCAUCGGCGCCGCCUCUCUCCUCGGCCGCGUCGUCUCGAUUUCGGCCUUCGCCAACCGCCACGCCUUCUCCCACCUCCCUGGCUGGGUCACCGCCGAGCGCCGCGCCCGCCGCGCCCUCGACCGCUCCGAGCGCGCGGGGGUCGUCGUCCCUUCCGUGCCCUACUCCUGCUCCGUCUGUGGCCGGCGCUUCCCUACCCGCCCCGAUCUCACCCGCCACUUCCGCCAGCUUCACGAGCGCGAGCGAAACAAGAAGCUCUCCCGCCUCCGCUCCCUCAAGGGCAAGAAGCGGCAGAAGUUCCGCGAGCGGUUCAUCACCGGCAACACCAAGUACGAGGAUGCCGCGCGGGAGCUCCUCACCCCCAAGGUAGGGUACGGGCUUGCCUCCGAGCUCCGGCGCGCGGGCGUCCACGUCCGCACCGUCCCCGACAAGCCGCAGGCCGCAGACCACGCGCUUAAGCGUCAGGUGAAGCACUCCGUCGCCUGUGGCGUCGAUUGGCUGGUGCUCGUCUCUGACGACUCGGAUUUCACCGAUACGGUGCGUAAUGCACGCGCUGCCGACCUGAGGACGGUCGUGGUGGGCGACGGUUGCCGCGCUCUUGGCAAGGUUGCUGACAUUUGGUUGCCAUGGGACCGAGUUGAGAAUGGGGAGGUUGAUGAGGAGAUGCUGAGGAGUUGCACGUUUUCAGAGUACCGAGAAGAUCAGGGAACUGAGCGGGAUGGGCAGUUCAUAGGGGAUUGGGAUGCAGGUGACUUUGAUGAUGUUGUUGACGAUAUUGUUGGAACUAGAACCAGUUUGCUUGGAGCUACGACAAUGUCUGCGUUUGCUGACGAGGACAUUGCAGAUGGCAUAUUUGGAGUUGAAUUGACCGGGGAUAACAUGUUUUGGAGUUGUGACGAUGAGGAAGAGGAUGAUUACUUGUGAGGUUCACAUGUGUAUUGAGCAGUAAACAUUUAGGGCUUGUUUGCUUUUUCUUAAUCCAUGUGGAUCGGAUGAUAUUGGGUGAAUUUAAAUCCUAAACAAGUCAAAAUUCUUCAUAAUUUUUUCCUAAUCUUAUUCAAUCUACGUGUAAUAGGAAUAACCGAACAAGACCUUAAAUGGAUAUAUUCUUUUGUUUUAUGUGGAUGUGACGAUCAAUUGAUGUUGCUAAAAUUAGCAAACUAUUGUA